AUGGAGCAAAAAUCUGAUGAGGAACUUGAUCGGCUUGAGAAGGCAUUAAAACAAGCUCACGCUGACCUACAGGCUGCACAAACGCGACUUAGGAUGGAGAACCGAUGA